CGUACACCAAAAUGUGCUCGUUGUCGUAAUCAUGGUACCAUAUCCAUAUUAAAAGGCCAUAAACGUUUCUGUCCGUGGAGAGAUUGCACUUGUAGUAAGUGUAAUUUAAUUGCUGAAAGGCAGCGAAUUAUGGCGGCGCAAGUUGCGUUGAGGAGACAACAGGCUCAAGAA